AUGGCAUCCUUCACGGACACUGAUCUGCAGACAUGUCCACUAUGUAAGGAGCAGUGUGGCGGCUCUAUCACGCCGAUCUCCUCUUACUCUUCUACCUCAUCUUCGUCAUCUCAGAUAUCCAACUCUUCUACCUCAUAUCCGCGGCGGCUGCACGUUCUCCCGUGCUUGCAUGCUUUCUGCCGCCAGUGUCUGGAGACCCGGCGUAGACCGAGUGACUUACAGAAGCUUCAGUGCCCAACGUGCGAACAGACAGUGUCUAUGUCCGAGGCUGGAGUUGAUUCUCUGCCCUCUACAAACUUCCUCCUUAGCGGGCUACUAGAUGCGGUGGUAUCUGCAGAGAAACAUGGGAACAGUUGUGUCCCGAGCGCAGGAGUAACGGGAUUCCAAAACGCGCAGUGCAGCUCGUGCGACGAAGGGAACCUCGCGAGUUCUCAUUGCUUAGACUGCCAGGAGUACCUGUGCAGCAACUGUGUCCGCGCCCACCAGCGUGUGCGGCUGACCAAAGAUCACCUCAUAGAACGACUUUCCGAGGGUUUACAUCUGCCUGGUCGAGGGAACCGCAACGGAGACACUAGGUUUACGCUCACGCUGUCUCAUGCGUUAGACUCCAACUUCUCAUUACUGCCAGUUAUCCGGGACCGCGCGAACUUCUGCCAGCAGCAUGGCAGUGAGGUGUUUCUGUUUUACUGUGAGACGUGCUCUGUCCCGGUGUGUCGUGAGUGCAGCGUUGGGCAGCACAGAGGUCAUGGGUUCGUGUACCUGCAGGAAGCUGUGCAGGACGCCAAAGCUCUCAUCUUACAGCUGCUCUCUGACACACAACAUGAACGACGGGCCAUACAGUUGAACAUGGAGAAAGCCCAGGCAGUCGCAGAGCAGCUGGAAAUGAAGGCAAAGAUGGUUCAGACGGAGGUAAAAGCCAUCAUCCUCCACCACAAAAAGGCCUUGGAAGAACGAGAGUGUGAGCUGCUCUGGAAGGUGGAAAAGAUUCGUCAGGUGAAAGCAAAAUCUCUAUACUUGCAGGUGGAGCAAUUGCACCAGCACCUGCGUAAGCUGGAUGCCACAGUCACUAUGGUGCGGCACGCGUUGGAAGAGGGCAGCAGUGCGGCCGGUGCCCUGAAUGUGCUGACAGCACGCGAGCGCAUCCUGGCCCAAACACAGGAGAUACACACACUGCGCACAGUGCUGCUGCUGCAGGAAGACGAGCGUUUCCUUUUCAGCCCCCCGGAGCCAGCGUUGCUCAGGGCGCUACGUUCACUCGGCCAGCUCAGCGGCGGGGCGUUCGCUCCCCUUAGCACCGCUCAAGGAGAGGGGCUCACUGCCGCCCUGUGCGGCAAACCGGCCUCUUUCACCGUCGUCGCCCGUGACCACGAGGGCCAGCGGCGGCAGGCCGGGGGCGAUGCCGUGUCUGCUCUGGUGCUGGGCGGUGACGGCAGCGUGGGUUCGGCCGACGUGACAGACAAUCGCGAUGGCACCUACACGCUAAGCUACGUGCCGCAGAGCGAGGGGGACUGCUUUGUGUCUGUGUUUGUGGGCAACCUGCAUGUGGAGGGCAGCCCAUUCACAGUGCCGGUGACAGCUGGUCGCAGCUAUGGCUCGAUAGCGCUGCCUGUUGCAACUUUUGGCGGGGAAGGCGAGGCUGAAGGGCAGGUGUGUCGACCUUGGGGCGUGGCAGUGGAUGCAGAGGGCUUCAUCGUGGUGGCGGACCGCAGCAAUAACCGUAUUCAGGUGUUCCGCCCAUGUGGCGGAUUCCAUCAUGCUUUUGGUAGCCUGGGUUCAGGGCCGGGCCAGUUCGACCGGCCAGCCGGUGUAGCAUGCGACCGUCAGCGCCGCAUUGUGGUAGCUGACAAGGAUAAUCAUCGCAUCCAGGUGUUCACCUUCCAGGGCCAAUUCGUGUUCACCUUUGGCGAGAAAGGCAUUAAGAACGGCCAGUUCAACUACCCUUGGGAUGUUGCUGUCGAUUCGGUGGACCAGAUCCUGGUGUCAGAUACACGCAACCAUCGCGUGCAGCUCUUUGGGCCUGAUGGCACCUUCUUAAACAAGUACGGCUUUGAAGGCACACUCUGGAAACACUUUGACUCGCCGCGUGGCGUGGCCUUCACCCGCGAGGACCAUCUAGUCGUCACCGACUUCAACAACCAUCGUCUGCUGGUUAUCCGGCCAGACUGCCGGUCAGCGCGCUUCUUAGGUGCGGAGGGAAGCAAAAACGGGCAGUUCCUGCGGCCGCAGGGUGUCGCCGUAGACAGGGAGAACCGCAUCAUCGUGGCUGACUCACGAAACCACCGUGUGCAGGUGUUCCAGCCCGAUGGAACCUUCUUAUGCAAAUUUGGCACUCAGGGAGAUGGGUUGGGUCAGGUGGACCGUCCCUCUGGAAUUGCUGUAACACCCGACGGAAUGAUCGUUGUUGUUGACUUUGGCAACAAUCGCAUCCUCAAGUUCUGA